UCCUGGGUACUGGAAAAUACUGUUAGAGCACAAUGUCCCUCGACUUUGAUAGUGGAGCUCUACAGACUCAGCACGAAGAUGAAGACUAUGACCAAGAGGACUAUGCGAGAGAGCAAGAGUUGCAACAGCUGUUGACAGACCUUCCCCAUGAUAUGCUGGAGGACAGUGGAGACCAGCUCUCCAGCUAUUCGGACUCUAGCGUUCAUGAGACUGAGGAGCAAUCACAGGAAGCUCGAAAGCCUGGUGGAAGGUGGAAUGAUCAUCUAUUGAUAACUGAUGCUCAAAAUGGUUAUGAACAAGGACAAAAUCUGUACCCUGACCAAUUCUUGUGUGACCAGCAAAAUGACCAUGUUGAAAAACAUGCCAAGAAUUGGAAUGGCCUACAUAACAGUGAACAGAUGAAACAUUUAUAUGAUGUGAAAGAAGAUUACUCUGGCCAGAACAGUCAAGAAGAUCCAGAUGAUGUCUAUCUUGAUAGAGAUGGAUUUAAUGCUCCAGGUUGCUACCAACAGAGCAAUUUAUAUCAUCUUCCUGAGAACUUCAGACCGUACACUAAUGGCCAUAAUCCAGAAUUUAACAGUCAACAGAAUCAAAUAAUAAACUUUCCCGAUGCUCCAAAGGAACAUCUUAAGCAGCCGUUUGCUACAUCUGAAGUUGUUAGUGGCCAAUCAGCAGAAUCUUACAAAGUGAUGUAUAAACCUUACCAAAAUGAUGUUCAUAAAAAAAUUCCAGUAACCCAAGAAGGAAUGAGAAGAAAUGAAGUGUUUGAAGAUUUGCAACACGAAUUCUCAGGCAAUGAAGAAAAUUCUUCAGAGAAUAUGCAGAUUCUUCAACUUAAAGCUCUAAGCAAAGCAAGAGAGAGACGAGUGGAAGAACUUAAUGAAAAGCUAGAAAAGAGUGCACAGCAGAUUAGGUAUUUGAGCCAUCAGCUUUCAAUCAUCACAGGUGAAAAGGAUGGUUUGGCUGUUAGUCUUCAUGAGUCUCAAAAACUCUAUCAGAAUGGAAAAGAACGGGAAGUGUAUCUUGAAGGCCAAAUAAAGGCGCUUGAAACUCAAAUUCAGACUCUUACUACCAAUGAGGAGCAGAUAUUGAAGCAAUCCAGAGUGGCAGAAGUAGCCAUGGAAAGCAUGCAGAAGCAGCUGUUAGAACUUCAGCGUUCAGACACUCUUCAGCGAGCCAGAGAACAGCAUGAUGCUGUUGUUACAGCACUCAAGCAGAAGCAUGAGAAGCAAGUAUUAUCAUUAGAGCAGAAACUUGAUACUACAAAAUCUGCACUACAGGAGCAGAAAGAGCUUUGCCAAAAUCUAGGAGAGCGUGUUAAGGAACUUGAAAAAAUGCUGGAAGAAACCAAAUGUGAAAAAACUGAAAUAAUAAAUCGAUUGACAAGAAGUCUUGAGGAAAGCCAAAAGCAGUGUGCAAACUUACUGCAAACAGGCUCCAUACAGGAGGCAAAUCAGUUACGGUUUCAGUUGCAACAAGCUCAGUCUGCGCACAUGAUAAGCAAUAACCUGAACAAGGCUUUGCAGGAUGAAUUAAUGGAACUGAAGGAAGAAAUAACUUUGUAUGAAUCUGCUGCCAAACUUGGAGUAUUUUUGAAUGAUGCAGGUGGAGAGCUGCAUACAAACCUCAGUGAUUCCUGUGUAGAUUUGGGGAUUAAAAAAGCCACCAUGAAUAACUCAAGGUUCUGCAGUAUAAUACAGAACAGAGACAUGGAUAAAGAACUCUCUAAAGAUGAAAUUAUUGUAGAAUUAAAAGCUGAACUGGAACGCUUAUUGAGCAGUAAUAAAACGAAGAGAAACCAAAUUACUCAAUUACAAAAUGAUCUUGAAGAUUGCCAGAAGAAGUUAGAGGAAUUCAAGCAGUUGUUGAAAGCAGAAAAAGCAUCAAAAGAGUUGGAGCCAGUGACAAAUCAAAACGAUGCUUUGGUGGCCAGUCUGUUAGAUUCUGAUAAUCUUAAGGAAGAAGUUUUGAGACUCAGAAAGGCAAAUGAAACUUUGCUUAGAGAAGUUCAGAACCAUGCUUUGACUAUUGAAGAACUGAAAGAAAAUGAGGAAAAACUGAGAAGCUCAAACCAGGAUCUCUGCUGUCAGAUGAGAAAGAUGGUUCAAGAAUUUGAUGAGGAUAAACAAGAAGCCAUUGACAGGUGUGAAAGAACAUAUCAGCAACACCAUGAGGAUACAAAAGCCCAGUUUGAGAAAGACAUGAUGCAGAGGUAUGCUGCAGAAAAACAGCAGCUUAUUCAAAGUUAUGAAGAGACAGUCUCGCAGCUGAAGGCUACCAUAGAGGAGCUGAACAGAGAGAUGACCACAGUGAAGGAAUGUUACAUAGCAGUCUGUGGUGAGAAGGACACCUUGGAAACUACUUUAAGACAGAUGUUUGCACAUGAGCAGCAGAUGAGAGAAGAUAAGCUCAAGAAACAGCUUUUAGAAGAAAAAGAAGAAUCACUUAAAAUUCUGAGAAGUGAGCUUGAGGAGAGAUACAAUAAUUCUAUUGCUGAAGCAAAGAGGCAGUGGCAGAAAGAAAAAGAAGUGCAGAUUGAGAAGGAGGUUGCGUUUGCCAAAGUGCACUGGGAAAAGGAAGAAAAAGAGAAGAAAGAAGAUGUCAUUGCGAAAAUAGAAAGAGAAUGGCAAAGUAGGCUGGAAGAAGUUAAAAAAACUGUGUUUGAAUGUAAGGACUGCAGCAGUCAAACAGAUAGAGUAACGUGUGUGAAUGAUGCUUCAACUGAUGAGUUAGCAAGGAUUGUUGAGGAUCAGAAGCUGCAGAUCCAGAAGGCUCUGAAAGAAAAAAAGGCCUCUGAAGAGGCCUUAAAAGAACUUGAAAUAAAACUCGAAAGUAAAUACCGUAAACGUCUUGCUAGCCAGGUUGAGGCAGCUUUAACCCAAGCACAUGCCAGAUCGCUGCAGGAAUUAACAGACCUAAAAGAGUACAAGUUGGCUUUGGCUUUCUCUCCUGAUGAAGAAAAAUGGAAGAAUGAGCGUGAGAAUACAGAGAAGUCUGGAUUGAUAAUUAGAGAACUUGAGGAUAAGGUAGUUUCUCUCAAGAAAGAAUUAGAGCUAAAGGAAGAAGAAAUCCCUGUGACUAUCAAAGCAGCAGUAGCGAAAGCCCGUGCUCAGUGGAACAAAGAAAAGCAAGAAGAAAUUACACAAAUACAAGAGCAAAAUGAGAGAGACUACCGAUCAUUCUUAGAUGACCACAGAAACAAGAUUAAAGAGGUUCUUGCAACAACAAAGGAGGAUUUUGCAAAGCAGGUGAAUGAUCUCUCUGCUCAGAAGGAGGCAGAAAUGAAGAUGUUACUAGACCAAAAGCAGCGAGAUUGGGAGGCUCAGGAAACAAAAAGACUUCAGGAUGAAAUUAAUCGAUACGAGGAGAAGACUCUGGUUGAGCUUGAGUGUUUGUUGAGAGAAGUCCAUGAAGAGCUAGUUAAAAGUGCCUAUAGUCAGCACUCUUGGGAGGAGAGAAUUUCUGAUGCUCCUGUUGAAUUAAAUCAUCAUUGCAAGGACAAACUGAAGGCAUGCUUACAAAAGGCCUACAGAAGGACAAUUUACAAAAUUCUGGAAAAGCAUGAGCAAGAGUGGAAAGAGAAAAAUGAAAAACUACUGAAUAAUGCAAAUAAAGAAGCAUGCUCCUGCAUGCAAGGAGGUGAUGGAGAAACUGGGGAUAUGGCAAGAUCCCCUUUUUACAGCAUUGGACAGCAAGGAGAAACACAAAGAAGGCUGAAGAGACGGCAUAAAAGUGGGACAGAUGGAGAUCAGCAAGGAGCAAGAAAGAACCUUUGGUCUCAGGAAGUUUUGUGCUGUGAACACUGCAGCCAGGAGCUGGAAAAGAAAGAGACUGUGUGCCAAGACUUGAAAAGAGAGUUGGAGACUGCUCACAAGCGUCUUCAUCUCUCCGUAAGGAAGCAGAGAGCAAUGUCAGAGCAGGUCCAAGAAAACGAGAAGCUUGUGGAAUCUCUAAUUGCAGAAAACACUGAGAUGAAGGCUAAACUGAAAGACAUGGGCGCAUCACCAAGGUUGCUGUCCAAGAGAAGUGUCUCAAAAGCCUGUUCAUCCUGUGGCUCUGUGAAAGGGCUGGAAGAAAUGCGUGCUCAGUACAUUAAAUCUGUGAGCAAGAUAAAGAGUGAUAUGCUGUGUUACAUCCGUGAAAGUAAGGAGAGAGCUGCUGCAAUGAUUAAGUCGGAGGUUCUCAGAGAGCGCCAGGAGACGGCACGGAAAAUGCGGAAGUACUACUUGACAUGUCUUCAACAGCUUCUUACUGAUAAUGGGAAACAGGAAGGAGCUGAAAAGAAAAUAAUGAAUGCUGCUAGCAAGCUUGUUACAAUGGCUAAAGGACUUGAGACACCUCUUCGACACACAUUGCAGUGCAAAACUACCUGCUCAGCUCUGCUCUUAAAUUCUGACCUGCCAAGGGGAGUAGAAUACUCAAAAAGAGAUUGCCUAUCUCAAACUAGGCCAAACCAUAUAGAAGGCAAAUCUUGUGGCAAAAAUACACCUGAAGAAGCUAAUGAUAAAGUUGUUCAGAAAUACAUACCACGUGACUUGAGACAACAAUUUGAUGCAAGACAGACUGAGGCACAACAUAUGCUUCAUGAAACAGAUACUUCACAUAUUCAGAAUAGGAAUAUCUAUAAACAUCUUGUUAAUGCUGGAAGAGAUGGACUGUCAAAGUUUCUUCCAAAUGUAGAUGGAAGAGAAGAAAAAUACAGCCACGUCGUAAAUGCAGACAAAGAACUCUUGUGUGCAGCUAGUAAUUUUGCAAAUCCAAGUGUCCCUUCGCUUGCUUGUCAAGGACAGUUAGAAAAUGUAGAUGCUGCUAGACUUAAAAAUGGCCCUGCCAUCUCAGGAUCAGCUCAUCACAUGCUUAAGAGUAAAAAUGAAAGAACAGCCUUGAAAGAUGAUAAAUGUAUCCUCUCACGUGGGACCUGGCAAACUACAUAUGAAAGAAUUCAGGACUUUGAUUUUCCCAGAACUCCUGAGAGGGAUGAAGGAAGCUGCAGUGAAUGGAGUUCUGCGAGUGGAAGUUUGCAUCUGGAUGGUUCUGAUAAGUCUGCAGUGUAUCCUGAAGAAAAGCCCACUACUAAUGAACAGAGGCAGAGUGUGUACUGUGAAGGACAUGAAAAUUUUGGUGGUACUUGGAGAGAACCCACUAAUGGCAAUGGCAGAAUCUCAAUGUAAAAAAACAGCACUAUAGUUUACAGUAGAGACCAACUGAGGUCAAACUCAGAUCAUAUUUCAUCUCGUGGGUCUGACAAAUCAAAUUCUGCUAACACACAAACUAAUACGCUGCUAAUCUGAAAUACAGAAAAAUGCUGCAACAAUACUUUGAAAAGAGUGGCAUGGGAUUCCCAGUCUCUUCAGCAAGGCGCUGAUUCUGAUAGCCCACUUAAAAUAAAAAAUAAAAUAAAAAAACAACUUGAACCAAUAUCAGUGAUAACACAUUAUUUUCCCUUUCAAGUGAGUAUAAAUGUGAGUGUGAAGAAAGGAAAUGACUCAAUUUUACUGGGUCCAUUUCAUGACCAAUGUUACAGUUUAGACUGUUGCAUGAAGAAAUUCUAUGCAACUAUCACUUGAAAUAUUAACGUAGACUUUUGUUUACCUCUGUAACAGUGCUUUCAUAGCUGUUUAUAGUGUAUUAUGUACUUUUAUUAAAAAUAAUAUAUUUUUAUAUUAAA